AUGGGAGUAUCGACUCCGUUGUCAAAAGUCAAGGGAAUCGAUCGCAGCAAUCGCCAAAGUUUGACCGUCAGCACCAACGGUUCUCAACAGGCUCUUAUCGUCUCACAUAAUGAAGAUCGACUGCGCAACUUUGCCGACUUCGGUCUUUCCCAAAACUUUCCAAAUAGCACACCAGCGUCUACCGGUACCACUCAUCAACGAUUGCUGCAUCUCAGUCAUCUCGACCUGUCGCACGACCAGAGUCGUCCUCUAGUGUCACCCAUGAAACGCAAGCCAAACCACCCAGCAUAUGAACCAGACCCAGAAUUUCUCUCCCGGCGGAUUUCUCAAACAAUCUUACCGCAUUGCCCACGCUUGUAA